GGCGAAGCGGACGACGGGGACCUCAUGGUGGUGCACGGACGGUUCUGGGGUCAGACCGCGUUGCUCCAUGCAGUCUUUUCGGCGGUCAUUUCUGCGAUCAAGAAUGACAUGCAUCAGAAUCUGGUUUGGUCGGUUCUUGUUGAGACGUCCAUCACCUACCACGUGCACGCGAUCGGCUUGCAGUACGCGCGUUUCUCCCCCGCCCACGGCCUGCUCAUGGAAGUGGACCCGAGCGACGACUUCAGAGUACGCGACGCAGUCAACGACCUGGUGGACGACCGCUGGAGCUUCUGGACGGAAACACCCGCGGCCGAACAUGCCAUCAUAUUGAUCAGCCGUAUCCGAUGCAUCCAGACAGUGGUCAG